CGCGCGGAAGGCCUCCGCUCGUUUAUUUUUUACCGUUUUAUCUUUAUUGAUGUUAUUUCUGUCUCGUGGCCGGAUCCUUAACUAAAAAAAAAGAAAAGAAAAAGAAGUUUAUAGUUUGCUUUAAGGCAGGCAGGAAUCCCACCGGGGAAGCUUCGACCAGGAUGGUCUCUGCCUGCUAGAUUUACAAUGAUGGUUCCUUCAAACCUUGUCCUUUAAUCCUCUUUGUGCAACGGGCGCCGCUUUGACUGGUCCGGGGAGGGGAAGAGAAGGAGAAAUGGGGAGCGUUUCCCCUUUAACGGCCCUGAUUAAAAGCAGGAAGAGGCACAGAUUUCAAACCUAGAGUUGGAUCCACCACAGAUCAGCCAGCUGCCUUUUGGUGCACUGCCAUGUUGUGUGGCCCAAGUUAUUAGAAGCCCUGGGCUGGCUUGGCAGUCGGGCAUUAAAGCCUCCGACUAAGAAGAAAAGGAUGACUGGUACAAUACUUGGAGUUGGGCCUGGAGUAUUCAUCUUGGCAGUGGUCUGGGUUUUGACUUUACUGCUUUGCCUGUUGUUAUCCAGAGCUUCUGGACUUGCUAGGUUUUCAGUCAUUCCGGUUUCCUUUGCUGCUGUGAUCAUCACUUUAACCUUGUUGCUUUUUCCUCGAGCUGGCAAGAUUCCAGCACCAGUUACAGAAAUCAAGAUUGUAGACACCUUCUUCAUUGGCCGUUUCAUCCUGCUCUUCGCUUUAACUGUGGUUUUCCUGGGAUGCCUCUUUCUGCUUCUGACUCACCAUCUUCUGCAACCUGUGUAUGCCAAACCUUUGAGAUCCCGCACUUAGAAUAAUUGGCUGCGAGUCCUCGACGGUGCUUUGGCCCCAAGAGCAUUUCCCAUUCCAGUGACCGAAGACACAAGAUUCAGUUCUAUGGAUCAGAAUGGUAUUGUUCACAAAUACAGAAUUUGUAUAAUACGGUAUCUUGAGUUUCCUUCGAGUUUCAGAUACAGUAGAAUGAGUUCAAUCAAAUGUAUCGUGAAUAUUAAGUUUGUUUCCCUCCUCCCCUUUGUGUUCUAACUUUGGUUAAUUGAAAAUGUAUUUGUAUGAAGAUGUGUUUGUAUAACAGUUCAAAUAAUGCUGAUUCAAUCCCAUAAACAUGUGUUGCAGUAUUGGUAAUUGCCCAUUUGCCAGAAGACUGUAUUAAACAAAUAAAAAUGCAUUCGCAUGAAAUGAUUGAACGUCAAUCUGGUUUGUAACCAGAUUGUUUUCCUCCAGGCUCUGUAUGGUGAAACUUCACUUGUGAAUUUCUUUUUAGUACUUUCUGUAUUUAUUGGAUUUAAUUUAAUGAAUCCCCCAGGGCUUAUUUAUUGUCUGCUCCGCCUGUGUAAUACAGGUGAGAGAUGCUAAUGAAUCCCUUUGAGAAGCCUCUUGGACAAAUUGUUCCAGGAGGACAAAACUGAAACAGAUCAUUUUUCUUCACCAACAGAUGAUCAGUGUUGCUAAAUCAUAGUUGAGCCAACCAAUAUCAUAUAUUUGUUCCGAUGGUUACAUCUAACAGAUUUGUUUGGCAGAGAUAUUGUUCAGCUCUCUGUCUGCCCUGAUACACAAAGAAGAAAGUAGUGCCUUAACAGCGAUGUCAGAUAAUAGCCAUGUAACUUUUUGUGUUUCUCAACCGUGGCAGCUUUAAGAUGCGUGGACUUCAACUCAGAAUGGGCUGGGGAAUUCUGGGAGUUGAAGUCCACACAUCUUAAAGCUGCCAAGGCUGAGAAACGCUGCUCUGCUGGAUUCUGGACUUCACAUGUUGGCAUGCCUUGCAUGAAUGCAUUUCUAAAAUCCCAUUCAUGUUAAUUGCAAUUAUUCUCCAUGAAUGAGAUGUCCAGGACUUUAUAUAGUCUAAUGUUAUCCAUGUGUGUUGGACCAAUUCUCAUAAUCCCUAACCAGCAUAAGCCACCAAGUAUUAAAAACAUAAACAGAUUGAAAUCAGUGGGCUGAGGCAUAACUGUAUUUUUAACAUUAAAUAUUAAAAUUAAAUGUGCUGCCUUCCCACUAAAAAUACUCAAAGUUAGCUAAUAUAAUAUGCAAAAUAAUAAUAAUAACAACAACAACAAUAAUAAUAAUAUAAAAAUACCCUGUAUAUUUAUCAGACUACAACCUGUGUCGCAUAAUUUUAGUCCUCAUAAGCAUAAGGUCUGUAGAUCUGUUGAAUUAUAGACUGUGGAAGCCAAACGUAGCAAAUCCUAUGUUAUUAUUCAACUUGUUUAUGUUAUUAUGGAUGUUUAAUUGAUUUUGUGGAUCAUUACUUAUCAUGAAUGUUUUUAAUUGUUGAUUUAUAAUUAGGAUUAUAAAUCAGGAGUCAUUGAGACAUUAGAUGGUACACAAAUGGAAUGAAAUUAAAUGAAUUUCAUAUAUUUAGAUCAUGAAUCUGCAAAAUUGUGGAAUUACAUCAGCCUUAAUGAUGGCUCAGUGUUCCUGGUACGGUCUCUAUAGGUUUGUUACUAUUGUAUGCCAGUGUGCAUGAUAUUUCAGACACAGAUUAGAUCUCUUUCUCAAUAUUCUACUUACUUCUUCAGGGUCUCUGCUUCUGCUUUGAUCCUCUUGUUCGCUCAUCCUCCUCAGGCAAUUCCAGUGUCCGUUUUGGUGCUAUUAAUCACAGAAUGAUUUUAACAUGGAGUAAAGCGAACAAACUUGAAAUGGAGAAAAGGCCUCAUCUACCUUUCUUCCCUUAAUGAAAGAGGGAUGGGAGAUGGUCAAUCUUUCUAACAAGAUUAUAGAUAAGAUUUCCUAACUUCAUUAGAAACUUGCCCUGGGAAUGAAUAAUAAUAAUAAUAAAAACCUGAAAGGAUAAUUUUAAAAUAGCUGAACCUUCUUUUUAACAAGAGAAAUAAGUGGGAAAGUAAUUGGCCAACG